UUUGAUUGCAUCACACAUAUGCCUCACUCUCCAAAAAAAAAUCAGCAAUUCCAAAGCAAAUGCGGUUGCAUUUUGAUUUAAACUUCCUGCAAGUUAGUAAUUAUUUUUUUUAUGUGGUGUAUAAACUUUCAAUAUAUAACUCUAAAAAUAUAUACGCUAAUAUAAAAUUAAGCGUCAUUUAACUUUGUCUUUCACUUCGCACGAUAUCCCACGUCACUUAUUAUUACUAUGGUUGAUUAAAGUUAAAUCUAAAUGUAAGAAUAGAAAAUAUAUGCCAACUAAUGUGCAAAUCCAAUGUGUUUUGCUAGCGGAAGUAGCAAAAUAAAAGCGAAGUGAAGUGAUUUUAUUAUCUAAUAAGGUAGGCGGGACGAUUUAAAUUGAAAACAGUUACCAGGUGUCUUAACUAGUGUGUGGCAUGCUUUCAUCAAAAUAUCUCAAGGUAAAAAUAAAAAAUUAAAAAAAUUUGGACAUAUUUCCACAGCAUGUCUUAUGAAAUUGGCUCAGCCCAAACUUUGGAAAACUAGCCAAAGCCCAAGACAAGGAAAUAAUUUUUGUAGUGUGCAUGCCUUCCCAUACACAAGCACCCCUUCAUCCCGCCCGCCAACAACUCGACAGCACAAUCAAGCACCGCAGCAAAAUGUUGACCUGCUUUCAAAAUGCGGCGACGAGCAGCAGAAGAAGAAGAUGAAGAAGAGCGGGAGAGAGAGAGAGCGAGCGCAUGAAAGUCAGUCUACACUGUCUCAUGUUAGACUUUCCAGUCUGAUUUUGAGCUGCCGUACGUUCUCGUCUGCAGCACCAUGUGGCUCACUGGCUGCCAGCUUGAUGGACCUCCACCAGAGCACGGCGGACGUGAUUCUGCAUCCUGCACAUCUGAUCUCGCACCUCGGACUCUGCAUCCUACCACUAUGGUUCUUGAUUCUCAAGAAAGGUCUGCUGUGCCGAACUCGGCCUCCCGCCUGGUGGCGCGGACAGACGGCGACGUGAUCAUCGGCGCCCUCUUCUCAGUGCACCACCAGCCGUCGGCCGACAAGGUGGCGGAUAGGCAGUGUGGCGAGGUGCGUGAGCAGUACGGUGUCCAGCGGGUGGAGGCUAUGUUCUACACGCUGGACCGGAUAAAUGCAGACCCGAACCUGCUGGCCAACAUCACGCUGGGCUGCGAAAUCCGAGACUCGUGCUGGCACUCGUCGGUGGCGCUGGAGCAGAGCAUCGAGUUCAUACGCGACUCACUCAUCUCCAUCCGGGAGGAUGACGGCAGCCAGUGGUGCGCGGAGGAGGCGACCGCAGCUGAGCCACCGUCGGUCAAGAAGCCCAUCGCGGGCGUGGUUGGGCCCGGCUCCAGCUCGGUGGCCAUCCAAGUGCAGAACCUGUUGCAGCUCUUCAACAUCCCUCAGAUCGCAUACUCGGCCACCAGCAUCGACCUGAGUGACAAGAACUUGUUCCAGUACUUCCUCAGGGUGGUGCCCUCAGACACCCUGCAGGCCAGGGCCCUCCUGGACAUUGUCAAGCGGUACAAUUGGACCUACGUGUCUGCCAUCCACACUGAGGGUAAUUACGGUGAAAGCGGCAUGGAGGUAUUCAAGGAGCUGGCCUCGCAGGAAGGACUGUGCCUGUCGCUUUCGGACAAAAUCUACAGCAACGCUGGCGAGAAACACUUUGACAGGCUGCUACGCAAACUACGCCAGCGGCUGCCCAAAGCCCGAGUGGUGGUCUGCUUCUGCGAGGGCAUGACGGUGCGAGGCCUGCUCAUGGCCAUGAGACGCAAAGGAGUUGCCCGAGAGUUCCUUCUCAUCGGCAGCGACGGCUGGGCGGACCGCAUGGAGGUGGUUGAGGGCUACGAGGAGGAGGCGCUGGGCGGCAUCACGGUCAAGCUGCAGUCGGAGGAGGUGGCCUCCUUCGAUGACUACUUCCUGAGGCUCAAGUUGGACACCAACGUGCGCAACCCCUGGUUCCCGGAGUUUUGGCAGCACCGCUUCCAGUGCCGCCUGCCCGGGCACCCGCACGAGAACGGGAACUAUGUCAGGAACUGCUCAGGCUCCGAACGCCUGGAGGACAACUACGUGCAGGACAGCAAGAUGGGCUUCGUGGUGAACGCCAUUUACGCCAUGGCGCACGGCCUGCAUGACAUGCACGCUAGCUUGUGCCCCGGAGUCGCGGGCCUGUGUGAUGCCAUGAGGCCCGUGGACGGAAGCCGCCUGCUGGACUUUCUGCUCAGGACGUCCUUCGCCGGCAUCUCGGGCGAGGACGUCCGCUUCGACCAGAACGGGGACUCGCCCGGCAGGUACGAGAUCAUGAACUUCCAGAGCGUACGUCCCGGCGUGUACGACUACAUCAACGUCGGCUUGUGGCACGAGGGCGUGCUCAGCAUCGACGACGACGCCGUGACGACCAACCGCAGUGGCGGGGUGCGCUCGGUCUGCAGCGAGCCCUGCUCCAAGGGUGAGAUCAAGGUGAUCAGGAAGGGCGAGGUGAGCUGCUGCUGGAUCUGCACAGCCUGCAAAGACAACGAGUACGUCCAGGAUGAGUUCACCUGCAAGGCUUGCGAGCUGGGAUGGUGGCCAGACCCAGAACUAGAAGGCUGCAAGGCCAUCCCCCUGCGUUACCUGGAGUGGAGUAGUCCUGAAUCCAUCAUCCAGGUGGUCUUCUCUUGCUUGGGCAUCCUGGCGACGUCAUUCGUGGCCUUCACCUUUGUGCUGUACCGUGACACGCCCGUGGUCAAGUCUUCCAGCCGGGAGCUGUGCUACAUCAUCCUGGCGGGCAUCUUCCUGGGCUACCUGUGCCCCUUCACGGUCAUGGCCCGGCCCACCGUGGUCUCCUGCUACCUGCAGAGGCUCCUGGUGGGCCUCUCCCCUGCCAUAUGCUACUCUGCGCUGGUCACAAAGACCAACCGUAUCGCCCGUAUCCUGGCAGGCAGCAAGAAGAAGAUCUGUACCCGGAAGCCACGCUUCAUGGGCGCGUGGGCGCAAGUAGCCAUUGCCUCGGCACUGGUCGGGGUGCAGCUGGCUGUGGAGGUGGCGCUGGUGGUAGCAGAGCCGCCUGAACCCAUACGGUCCUAUCCAAGCUCCCGUGUGGUCUUCCUGAUCUGCAACACCAGCAACCUCGGCGUGGUGGCGCCGCUGGGCUACAACAGCCUGCUCAUCCUCAGCUGCACCUACUACGCCUUCAAGACACGCAACGUGCCCGCCAACUUCAACGAGGCCAAGUACGUGGCCUUCACCAUGUACACCACUUGCAUUAUCUGGCUGGCCUUCGUGCCCAUCUACUUCGGCUCCGACUACAAGACCAUCACCACGUCCUUCUCCGUCAGCCUGAGCGUCACCGUGGCGCUGGGCUGCAUGUUCGUGCCCAAGAUGUACGUCAUCAUCGCCAAGCCUGAGCGCAACGUGCGCAGCGCCUUCACCACCUCGGACACCGUGCGCAUGCACGUUGGCGACGGCAAGGCGGCGUGCCGUGCCGGCGGAAGCCUGCUAGACGUGUUCAAGCGGAAGAAGAGUGGCAGUUCUAACAGCAAGUGUGUGUCCUGGUCUGCGGCAGGAGCGCGGCAACCUCCCAAAGGCGAGCACAUUUGGCACCGCCUGUCGGUGCACGUCAGGACGCAGGAGGUGCAGUCCAAUCAGACGGCGCCGUCCAAUCAGACGGCGCCGUCCAAUCAGACGGCCGUCAUCAAGCCGCUAUCUAGUAGCUACCGCAGCUCGCCGCUGUACAACGUGGCCGAGGAGGACGAGGCCGACGAGCUCGGUGGCGUCGUUACAGAGCAGGAAGGGCUGGCUAAAUUUGCCAAUGACUUGACUGACAUGAUUGUUGAGGAGGAAGCCGGAAUCCUUCAGGGUUACCUGUACAACAAUGGCCUCCUGCCAGAUGAAGAAGAGGAGGAAGAAGUCAAAGUGGCGGCGGGGGAUUGCCUGGCGCUCAUGCCGCCCUCGCCUUUUCGGGAUUUCUCAGCCCCUUUCCCCAAUUCGCCUAUCUCUGAGUCCAUUUUGUCCACGCCGCUCAUCCUCAAAGACUUCAAGCAGAGCUCGUCCACUCUGUGAUGGGAGAAUCUUUAUAGAUACAGACAUGAUAAGGUCAUUUUUCACAAGAUAACUUGAACAUUUUGGGUGAUAAGAGUGGACCAAAAUGUCAUCAUCUAUGGUUUCAGCCAAUUUUUCAUUACAUUUUUUUUUUUUUACACCAGGUACCAUCUUGCUUGGGGUAGCAAAGACAGCGUCGUUCAAGUUGCUGUUACAGUGGGCCCUCACCCCGUUAUAUCAUUAUAAAUGUAUUAUACUCAAAUGUUAAAUUCAACUGAACUGUAAUUAGGCAGUGAUUCUUUUGCGUACCACUAGUGGCACUAGGACCACACUUUGCGAAUCACUGCUUUGAAGGAUUAGCUCCACCAGUGUGUCGAUAGCCGCAGAACAGGAAGUUGAUCAGCAUUCGUGAUGUCAUGCGAGACUUGGCUGUCAAGGAUUAAUGCCACAAAAUGGGGGGGGGGGGAGAGGAAAUUACCGCAGUUCAACCAAAUUGUCAAACCAUUUUAGCAUCACUUUGACUCUCAAGGAUUAUGUUGAUAAGCAUAGAAUGGGAAAUAGAAUUCACUGCAGUUACACCAAAAUAAAGUAUCGGUAUUGGAGAAGUCGGGCAAGAUUUUGACAAAUCCCAUGACACUUCAGUCUGAAAGAUUUACUCCACAAGUGUGUUAAGAUGUUAUUUGCCUUUUAUUUUUGUCUGGGUUGAUAACCACAGAACCAGAAAUGGAACUUCCUGGAAUUCAAGCAAAACUGUCAAACUAUCAUCACGCGAGAUCUCAGCAAGUCUCGAGAGACUUUGAUCCAAAGGAUGAACUCCCCAGGGGUUUUGAUAAACCUUAAACAGGAAGGUAUUAACCAUAAAAGUCACGUUUAAAUGUUAGGGAGGGUGUGUUUUUUUUAGCUUUUCACGACUUUUCUUGAAGCUACGCUAGGUUACAUAGCAGCUAACUUUGUUGCACCCACACAGUAUGAUGGCGCUCGAUAUGCGUCUUACUCUUACCCUCGAAUUUAUGCUAAGAUGGUCAUAAUAAAUCAUGUUUAUGAAUACAUCAAGGACAUAUUUAGCUUGUAGGAUUAGCAUUUUCUCUAUGAUAAUGAUGUGCUUUCUACGAUCUUGAAAGGCAAAACUAUAUUGGAUCAUGAGAUGUGUUUUCAUGGAUAGAUAUUGUAUUUGUUAUAGGUGCUUUUGUCAAUGUGUUUGCUAUCUACUAGAUGCUUUCCAGUAUGAGAAUGUGGUACCAGUGAGUGCUAUUUUGUGGGUUUUAAUGUUUGCUGUCUACUAGAUGCUUUCCAGUAUGAGAAUUGUGGUACCACUGUGUGCUAUUUUGUGGGUUUUAGUAUAAGUAAUAAUGUUUACAGUGUAGCCGGAAAAUAUUCACAGGCAGCGCUUCACUUUUUCCAGAUUUAGUUAUGUUACAGCCUUAUUCCAAAAUGGAAAAAAAAAAUAUAUAUAUAUAUAUUUUUUUCCCCCUUCCAAAUUAUACACACAACUACCCAGAAUGACAAAAUGACAACAUUUUGGGGACAUUUUUCAAAAAAUUAAAUAAAAUGAGGAAAAUGGCAAAGCACUGUGAGUGCACCUGGAAAGUAUUUACAGCGCUUACACUUUUUCAUUUUGUUAUGUUCCAUCUGCCCCUCCCCCCACUUAAGCCAGGGACCUCUAAAAACAAACAAAUUUGUAUAUAUAUUUUUUGUAUUAGAUUUCAUCAUAGAAUCCAUGCUUGUGUUAAGAAAUACUAAUGUUGAGUGCUUUAUCAGUACGACAUUAAACAUGAGCAAUGGUGUAAUUAUUUUCGAUUGAUGGCAACUUAAUCUGCAACAUCCUAUCACGGCUGUGCUGGAAAAAAAAAAAGUCAGACCGACGUGUACUGCGAAGGCCUACGUGACGUAUUGUAUGUCAUGUUGGUGCACGCACAACAGUCCUGCACAAUUUUCAAAGUGCAUUUUUGCUAAUGAUUAAUUAUGGACACGCAUUGGAGUUCAUUGGCGCACCGGCUAUUUGGGACCCAGAGGCCAAAGAAAAUUUGCUGGCCCGUUAAAGGCAAAGGCAGCUAGCUAAAUGCUGUACUUUAUAUUACAACAUUGAUGCAGCAAUCUUGCGGGGACCUGUGUGCGAAAGAGUUUUACGCUGCCUUUAAACACCAACCAGAAAAACGCCGGCUUUUGUCGUUACGCUGGCAGUUUUUGCAGUAUCUCUGCGUGAAACUGCACAUUUCUGUCCAACCGAGUCACCAAGGAUUAUUGUUCCCGUUACGUCCAAACUCUGCCAAAGCCAGUGAAGAAUAACGUCUAUAUAUGUCUCGAUGUCCCAGAUAGGCGAGACCUCAAUUUCAACCCCCCCUCCCCCACACGCCAUCUUUCACGCCGUCACACUCACGCAGAUCAGCCACGUUUGUGGAUUAUUAAUGUGGGCCCUCAUUUGAUCUUCCUCUCCAGUGCGCCUUUCCCCACAUCUAUUCUAAUGUUUAAUCGUCGAAAAACACUCACAUUCCAUUAAAAUAACUCAAAGUAACACAUAAAUGUGAAUGAAAUAAGUGCUUCAGGAAUAGAACUCAUCGUGCUGUCCAUGAUGCUCGACAGUCCUGGAUAAAACCUUGGCAGUUUAUGGAAUCAUGGAAUGUGAGUUGAUUGAGCCAUCCAGUGGACAAAGCGUGUACUUGAAAUCUAGUCCAUUAGAUUCGGCCUCUCCAAGACGCCUGUCCCGGCAUUGACGACCUACAAUAGUCACUGAAAUAAUGUGGAAUUUACGAAAGUAA